ACUGUGCUUGGUGAUGAUAAACCUUUUACGGAGGCUGAAACUCAUUUCGCCGAUGCCAAAUAUUAUUUCAAAUAUACAAAACCAGUUGAGAAACUCCCGUCCAAGCAGCAUAAAGGGUCUGAGAGUGAAGAGCCAAAGAUUGAAAAGGUAGAAAACUCUUUGAAAGAGUUAGUGUUGCUGCUGCCGAAGAUAAAUAACGGGAAACCUAUCUCCCAACCACCUACGAAGUUUGUUCGUCCAAGCAACGGAGCUGUGACAGAAUAUGGUGAAAGAUUGAAGAACUCAAAGUGUUUUGAUCCAAAAGCCUACAAGCUUCUCGUCAAAGCAGGAUACAACCUCAAUAAAAGUUGCUCUUUGGGAAAGCUCAUACCUCAAGAGCAAAAGCACAAUCGGGCAGGUCUUGGAUAUGUGGCAUCGAGUCCAAUUAGAAUCGCCAUCAAGAGAGAAAAUGCCAACCAUGUCUCGGAAGGAGAGUUUUCGUCUUCUGACAGUGAAAAGAAAGAGAAAAGAGUGUCGGUGUUUCAAAGACUCGGUCCGGUGCGAAAGUCAAAAGGCAAACAAUCUGUGUUUCAACGACUGGGAUCCUUCAAGCAGUCAAAGCCUUUAAGACAAGAAAAAGGUGUAGGCCCGUCUCCAAAGCUUAGAAGUCAAAUUCCAUCAC